AUGAGGCGGAGCAGGAGCCUUGCACCGUGCUGCGUUCACGAACACCUGUCCCAGAGCUCGGUUCUGACUCUCUUGUGGCUUUUGACAUCGCCGGGAGUGAGUGUUUGUCACAGAGCUGAGAUGGACCGCUGGAGGGGCAGAGUGGCUCUGGUGACCGGGGCGUCUGUGGGGAUCGGUGCCGCCAUUGCCAAAGAGCUGGUCCGGCACGGUAUGAAGGUGGUGGGCUGUGCCAGAGACGUGGGGAGAAUACAGGUUAGUUGAUAUUGGAACUAUUUUUCUUUCUUUUAAGAAGAUAUUAUUAAUCGAUAUGGCCCCUUAAAUUAAGAAAUUUGCAGAGCAGCUUAGACUGGCUUAAUAUAUUUCCAGAAAUAAAGUUUAACAUAUUAAAGGUUAUAAGAUGACAUGUUCCUUUAAUAGUCUUACAGGGGGAAAUUCAUAAUUUAUAGCAUCAUGCAGACAUACAAAGAGAAAUUAAAGGAUAAAGAAACUUAGAGUUAAGUUAAGAAAAAAGAAAGAGAUAUGUACAUGAGUCAUAUUUACAUGAGUACAGAAUAUAAAUAAUAAUAUGGUUUAAUGACCUGCAAUACCUCUCCUUUACACACUUUAGGUUGAGCAUCCUCUCAUAAGGAGCUCCUCAGUGUAGUGAGUGUGUGUUGGAAAACAACAAUAACAUGUUUAAUUUACAGAACAUCAAAAGUGGUUGGUCGUACGUGUAGUUUUAUAUUUAUUUGGUCACCCACAGAGUGUAAAUACCAGCUGCAAUUCAAAUUACAUUCAUUUUAAAAUCCACAAACUUAAAAGUCAAACACACAAUCUACACAUUUGGGCUGUAAUUUUUGCAGUGUCAGUCAUAAGCCCUUUCAGGAUGGGCAGGUAAAACUGUAUUUGUUAAUGAUUCUCCUGAUUGUUGGCAGAUGUCCACUACAUGUAGACAAAAUACACACAAUCCUCUCCUCCCUCUUUCUACAGCAGUGUUUUAACAGUUUCCUCACCUCUGUCUUCAGCUUUAAUGUCGACUCUUUAAAAUAUUUGGUUUAUUUUAUGGACAGUUUUCCAACUUUUUUAAAAACACCUCCAGUAACCCAAAAACAGAGAUAAUUUGAUUGCACAGACUUAAAGAAUCAUAUCAUACCUGAAGAAAAAGGUUAUCAGAAAUUUAAAAACUUUAUCAUUCAAAAAUGCAGAUUUUUCACACUGUUUAUGGUAUUCUUGCGUUUUUUAUUUUACUCAGGGUUGAUUGUAGAGAAAAAUGUAGGUUUCUUGGUAAACACAUGGUCACAUCUGCUUGAUAUAUUUUCAGAAAUUGGCAGCUGAGUGUCAGAGUGCCGGCUACAGCGGUGUUUUGUUGCCUUAUAAAUGCGACCUGACCAAGGAAGAGGACAUCCUGUCCAUGUUCUCUGCCAUCAAAUCGCGACACAAAGGUGUGGACGUGUGCAUCAACAACGCAGGUCUGGCUCACCCUGAGCCGCUGUUAAGUGGAAGAACCAGCGGCUGGAAGGAAAUGUUUGAUGUAAGAGCAAAGUAGAUCUAUUUUAAACAUUUUCAGGGUGAAGGUUGGACAUACGUGUGUAUUUGAGCUUGAACUUGUAAGUUAAUCAAACACAGAAAAGCGGUUUAGCAAAAGACAGCUGCAACAUUUGUGCUUUGCAACUGGUCAGGUGAGAUUUAGGAGGAAGUAAAAGGAGAAGUAAAAGCUCUUUACAGAGGUUUCAAUUACCUGAUGUGCAUUCACUCUCUACUUUAUUAUCUUGCAGGUGAACGUUCUUGCAUUGUGUAUUUGCACACGUGAAGCGUAUCAAUCUAUGAAAGAAAGAAAUGUGGAUGAUGGGCAAAUAAUACACAUAAACAGGUACAGUUUUAUUUUGAAAUGCAGCUAGAGGACAAGCUGCAGAUCUUCAGUCCAGACAUAGCAUGACUCAAACAAAAGAAAAAUCUGUCUUCAACUACCUGCAGGUCAUUGUUUAUUGAAUGAGGCACAUUAGGCUGCAAUCAUUAAUAUGUGUACUGUAGUUAAACAUGGUUUGUGUCAACAUUCAAAUAAAUAUUCUUCUUCCUUAGCAUGACUGGACAUCGUGUUGUUCCAAGUGCUGACGUACACGUCUACUGUGCCACCAAGUUUGCUGUGACGGCCCUGCUGGAGGGUUUGAGACUGGAGCUGCGUGAAGCAAACACCCACAUCAGAGCUUCAGUAAGACUUCAGCGCCGUCUGUCUAAAACUCAACGUGAACAUUUUAUUCCACCUUUUAGGAACUGCUGCGUUUGACAGUCCUGUCUAAAACCAAGCUACCUGCUUCGUUACAUAAACUAUCCAUGAAUAUAAUUUGCUUUUGCAGUGUAUUUCUCCUGGUGUGGUGGAGACCGAAUUUACCCAGCGACUCUACCGUGACAAGCCUGAAAUAGCUUCUACUUUCCCGUUCUUUGAUAUGAAGGUAAAUAUAUUCCUCAUACUUUCAGUAUUUCAGGUAAAAUUAAUGCGUAAUACUUCACUCUCUGUUUUCAUCACAGCCUUUGGAAGCUGUUGAUGUGGCAAAUGCAGUUACAUUUGUCCUGAGUGCCCCUCCACACGUGCAGGUAUGUUUCCUUCUCAUAUGUAAUAGUGAUGUUUUAUAUGUUUACAUGUCUUCAACCUUGCAUAACCUCUAAUAAGUUGUAUUAAUGUCCUCUUUCAGAUAGGAGAAGUACAGAUGCGGCCCGUGAGGCAGGUUUUGUAG